AUGUUUUGUGGGACACUUCUUUCUUCCCGGAGGUGCGAGCGCAGUUUCGUAGAAAGUCCGGCAAGGAUUAACGUAUCUUACGUAUCUCAUGUAGUGCCAUCGCAAGAAGUCGACACGAGUUACUUCCUGCCGAAUGUAACCUUUCCGACGCAUUACUCCAUCGCACUGCAUACCGACAUCCACGAGGAUGUGCGGACGUUCAGUGCCAAGACCUGGGUGUAUCUAACCUUUGUGGAGCCUACCGAUCGAAUAACGAUGCACGUGCAAGAGCUCACCAUAGAGUCGGUGAAUCUCUACCGAGUACCCAACUCGGGUGGAAAUCCGGUCUGGAUCGAUGAACCCACGUACAUGAUCAACAUUGCUACGGAGCAUAUUGUGUUUCGAUGUGCCAGCACGCUACCCGUAGGAAACUACGCCCUCGAGGUCAGUUACACCGGGUCGAUGCGAAACUAUCAGAGUGGGUAUCUAGUGUCACGGUACCGUGACGCCGAGAACCUGUGGCGUUCAGUUGGUACGACCCACUUUCAGGCGACACUAGCCCGACGCGUGUUCCCUUGCUACGAUGAGCCGGCUCUAAAGGCUACGUUCGAUCUGGAGAUCACUCAUCACCGCACGUACAGAGCCAUCGCAAACAUGCCCCGAAUGAGCUCCGAAAUUGAUCCCACCAACCGGGAGUAUAUGGUGAGCCGCUUCCAGCGAACGCCCAAGAUGUCCACCUAUCUGCUGGCGUUCGCAGUGACAAAUUUCGUGACCCUCAGUGAAGGUGCCCACGAGGUGGUAGUCCGCAGCAAUGCGCAAGAAGCCGCCAAAUAUGCGGUGACCGUUGGUGCGACAAUUCUGGAGCGUUUGGGUACGUAUCUGGGGCUGUCGUACUACGACUAUAUGCCGAAGAUGACUUCCAUUGCCGUGCCCGAUCGAGGUACGGGUGCGAUGGAAAACUGGGGACUUGUGACGUACGGGGAACCAUCGCUAUUGUACGACCCGGCCGUAAAUACCUAUCGCAAUCGUAAACGGGUUACAACCGUCAUCGCUCACGAGUACGCACACCAGUGGUUUGGUGAUUUGGUCAGCCCAAGCUGGUGGGAUUACAUCUGGCUGAAUGAGGGUUUUGCCACGCUGUACGAGUACUACGCCACGAAACUGUCCGACCCCGGGGAUGAGUACUGGGAGUUGUUCAACGGUGAAGUGAUCCAGCGAGCGUUCCUACAGGAUGCAGCCGAAAACAUCCGCCCGAUAAACUGGAAUACGGCGACGCAGAAUGAGGUCGCCAGUUUGUUCGACAUCAUCGCCUACCAGAAGGCUGGCAGUGUGCUGAACAUGUUCCGUAAUGUUCUAGGAGAAAGUGCCUGGCAAGAGGGUUUGAAGCAAUAUCUCAUCAGUCGCGGACUUGACGCAGCAACGGAGGAAAACCUGGCCACCCAUCUGCAGCAGGCGAUCGAAGGUAAGGACAUCCUGCCAUCGAGCGCGAACGUGCGAGAUCUGCUUGCUUCCUGGACGGACGCAGCCGGGUUUCCCGUGCUCCACGUCCGCCGAUUGUAUCGUGACGGUGCGAUGGUCAUCUCCCAGGAACGCUUCCUGGAGCAGAGUGUUCUUCCGACCAGCCACGUAUGGCACAUUCCCUACAACUAUGCGUUCGAGUCAUCCGCAACGUUCUACGAUCUAUCGACCACUGGGUGGCUGUCAUCACGCGCGGCUUUGAUAAGUACGGCUGUGCCGGAUAACGAGUGGGUUGUCUUCAACAAACAGCAGACGGGGUACUACCGCGUUAAUUACGAUCGGCGCAACUGGGAACUGCUAACGGAGGCGCUGAUGAUCAACCACUACGCCAUCCAUCGGCUCAACCGAGCUCAGCUUAUUGAUGAUGCGUUUUACCUAGCUCGAGCUGACCUCCUGGACAUGGCGGUUGUGUUGCGGAUGAUGCGCUAUCUAAGCUCCGAACGCGACUACGCUCCUUGGUUUGCGGCUGACAAAGUACUGACGUACUUGUACGACAAGUUGCGCGCCACUGAACACGAGCACGCGUUCCUGGUGUACGUGGACGAGCUUAUAGCGGGUGUGUACGCCACUGUAUCAGUGGAUACGGUCAAUUCCAGCGAAACUACGCUGUACAAGUACCUGCGACAAUUGAUCACCGGUUGGGCGUGUCGCAUUGGAUACCGCGAUUGUCUGGAGCGUUCUCGUGUGGCGCUAAAGAAUGAGUACGCGCCCACCGCAGGAUCUCCGGUGCCAGUGCAUCCUGACGUCCGUGCAGUCGUCUACUGUCACGGUUUACAGGAAGGUAGUGGCGUGGAAUUCCAAGCUAUCUACCAGCGCUUGAUGGCGUCACGUAACCAGGCUGAACGAACAGACCUCAUCGAUGCCCUCGGAUGCUCCCAAAAUUCGGAUGACAUCAGAACGCUGCUGGCAACAGUCCUGUUCAGUGCUAUGCCCGAAUCGAACUUUGUAUAUCUUUCCGACGAACGGAACCAGCUGUUCCGAGCCAUCUACUCCGGUGGGAGGAAACCAACGCUGGCGUUGAUGGAGGUACUCCGGGAUACUGUCACGUUGCAACAGAUGCUAGCAAUCGUCGGUGAAGGCACCAUCAGCAACGCGGUUUCCAAUAUUGCCCAGCGAACUAACGGACCGGAUGAGAUGGCUAGUCUGGAGACGUUCCUAGCGGCGGUAAACGGUUCGCUGCCACCCAGCACCAUCAAUGCGGCUAGAGAAACUGCCGCCUUACGUCCAAAAUGGUUCACCACAGCCGAGGGACUGAUUGUGGGCGAGUUUCUUGAGCAGUACAAUGCCUAG